UGGGGAGGAGCCGGGAGGGAAGGGAGACGGCGCAGUGACAAGACAGCGGAGGGUGCUGCCGAGGCUGCCAUGGCAGAGGGGCCGGAGGAGGCCCGAGGCCGCCCUCCGGGGCAGGGCGACAGUGGAGGGGACCACGAACCCGUCCCUUCCCUGCGAGGCCCUCCUUCCGCCGCCGCCCCACGCCCCCAGGACGGGCCGCCCGCCGAACCCCAGGCCCCGGGCCGGCCCCCAGCCGCGGGCCCCCCGCCCACUGCGGCGGCCGCGGAGGGGUCGGAGCCGCAGCGCGAGCCCGGGAAGCGCGAGGAGGCGGCGUCCGACUCGGCUGCGGGGCUGCGGGAGCCGGCGGGCUGCGAGGUGCCCGAGGCCGCGUCGCCGCGGGAGAAGCCGGCGCGGCUGAGCGCUCGCGAGUACUCCCGGCAGGUGCACGAGUGGCUGUGGCAGUCUUACUGCGGCUACCUCACCUGGCACAGCUGCCUGGCCGCCUUCCCAGCCUACUGCAGCCCGCAGCUGCCCCCGCCCAGCUACCCCCAGGCCGGGGCGCCGCCGCCCCUCCAGCUGGGCUAUUACAACCCCUUCUACUUCCUGAGCGCCGCGGCUGCCGGGCCCGACCCGGGGGCGGCUCCCGGCAUCGCCACUCCCGCUUCAGUCGCGGGCCUGGGACCCCGGGCUCCUCACGUUCAGGGGUCCGUCCGGGCAACCCCAGUAACGAGAGUGGGAUCCGCCGCCCCUUCGCGAACCCCGAGCGAGACCGGGCGCCAGGCAGGCAGAGAGUAUGUUAUUCCAUCCUUGGCCCACAGAUUUAUGGCAGAGAUGGUGGAUUUCUUUAUCCUUUUCUUUAUAAAAGCAACCAUUGUCUUAAGCAUCAUGCACCUCAGUGGAAUAAAGGAUAUCUCUAAGUUUGCUAUGCAUUAUAUAAUCGAAGAAAUAGAUGAAGACACAUCAAUGGAGGACUUGCAGAAAAUGAUGGUUGUGGCCCUUAUAUACAGAUUAUUAGUUUGUUUCUAUGAGAUAAUUUGCAUUUGGGGAGCAGGUGGAGCUACCCCAGGGAAGUUCCUGCUGGGGCUUCGAGUUGUGACAUGUGAUACAUCAGUGCUUAUUGCACCAAGUCGGGUUUUAGUGAUUCCCUCCUCAAAUGUUAGCAUUACAACGUCCACUAUACGAGCUUUGAUCAAGAAUUUUUCUAUUGCUUCUUUUUUCCCUGCUUUUAUCACACUGCUGUUUUUUCAGCAUAAUCGAACAGCCUAUGACAUUGUCGCAGGAACCAUUGUGGUAAAAAGAAACGGGGUCAGAUGAUGCCCCCAAAGGCCCUGAAUUCCAUACAGUGGAAUUAUGACAAGACUAAAUUAUGUAUCAAGGCCAUCAGUAUCCCUGGGUUACAUUAAUUGAUUUAGAAAUUAAAGCACUCGCUCCAGUGUGAUACAGGUGACUGUUCUGAAAGUAUUGGUUUUACUUGAAUGCCAAAGAACUUUUCCAGAAGAAAAACCUGUUGAAUUCAAGUAUUAAAAUAUUAGAUCAAAAAG